AUGGCUAUCACCUUCGAAAGCAUAAUUGAAUUUGCUUUCAUCCUCGCCGUGCUCUCUGCUUGUGCCGUAUUAUUUCGGCGUCUAGGGGAACGCGCCGCCAUCAACAAGCCUCCACCGCCACCGAACCGCCGUCACCGUCACCAGAAAGAUUCCCGGGAGGACGACGAAAGCGAACCCGCGUCGAGGACGAAAUCAGAGACAGAACAUUCCACCGCAUCGUCGUCAUGCCCGUUAGCUUCAUACGCCUGUUGGAGUUGA